AUGGAGUCGGACGACGCGCCCAUCGUUUUGGAAGAGACGCUCACAGGUCAUUGCGAAUCCUGCUUGAGCAAUACUGAACUUCCUCAGCUCCUACACGUUUGUCAUGAGCUUUUGGAUGGUCAGACGAAGAUCAGACAUCAGUUGUCUGACGUGAGCCUGAAUCUUGGUAUUCUGAUGCGCCAAAAGCAAUCUAGGCCACCGGCGCAAACCUAUGAGUCGGUCGCAGAGGACUACAUGGAGGUCAAGGUCACGCGAACGGAUCCCUUCAGCAUGAGGUCGGUGCAACUGCCGAAGCGGAACAGUGUGGGACUGUUGCCUUGCCAUGCGAAAGAGCAAACUCCUGUCAGCAGCAAGUCCCUGAGCUCCUUUCGGCAAAUUGAUGCCUGUGUGGAUGGAAGCAUCUUGAGACGAGGAAUGACUCGAAAGAUUAUGGAGAGCGCUAGCGCCUCUGUGUCCAGAAGUUUCUCCUCACACAAUCCUGAACCGUCAGUUUCGAUGAAGGCUCCACGGAGGAAAUCCUUGGUGGUUCCAGAAGGAAGCCCAGAAGCUUUUUCCGACAUCAGCAAGGCCAAGGUACUGAGCACUGAGCAGGAGAUGUCCAUGAGUGCUCUUUUUCGCGACCGAGAGACGCAGCUGAUGCCAAAGACGAAGACCCUCACCUCCAACACCAAAGAAAGCCCGACCAUGCUUACGACCACGGAAGGAAAGGAAGCGCUGAUGGACGGCGAGCCAUGCUGGCUGAGAUGCUGGUUGCUGGUGGUGAGGUUUUGGAUCUAUGCAGUGGCGCUCCUUCCCUGGACUCCGUGCCCGGCGGUUGAGGAGGACACCUGGUGUUCUCGCUGUGCGCGGCGGAUGUCCACUUCUUACCGUUGGUUCAUGAUUUUACUGAAUGCCUCGACGGUUUGCCUGAUCAUCUUCGGCUGCAUCGCUGCGCCCAAUGCGCCCAGCGAGUGGUUGGGCCCCGGAUUUGGCGCCUCCGGGUUGCUUUGUUUGGGCGCUUUGAUGGUUUGCCUGUCGGCACCUUCGAGAAGCCAAGAGUCGGAAAGUGAGCAAGAGGCACUGAUGGAGUACCUGGAGAACUUCAUGGACAUCACAGGCUUGUCGAUGCGAUGGAAACAGCGACAGGGUCGGAAUGCCUUGAUUGCAAUCUUGCUGUGGCUUGUGGUAGUGGGCGUCAAGACGUGGCUCAUGUUGGACGAAUGCUCACUUUCGCAGGUGAAGGUGAUAGAAAUCGUGGGGUAUGCCAUUGCAACGGCCUGCCUGUCAGCCAUGUGCUACCUACAGCUGACGAGUUGGCAUGGAAUCACAAUGGUGAUCGUUUGGUUUGCUCAGUCCUUGCUGAGUGGAAGGUGGGAUGUGCAAACAUCAAGGAGGAAUUGGCGCGAGGCGGUGAGUCUGAUGAGAGUGACCUCGCGUGUCUACCAGCGAUCCUUUGCGGUUCUUCUGAUGACCACACUCUUGGUCUUCUUCGGUGCUUUGAUCGAUAUUGGUCAGGGUGAGGUGCUGCCCACCUUGCCGAGUUUGGUUCUCGCAGUCGCAUUGAUGAGUUCUUCCUUCAUGGCUGCCUCCGCAACGGCUCACUGUACCCGGCUCCCAUCAUUGGUGAGCAUGGUGGACGGGGAUGAGGAAGAGGAGGAAAAGAAGUUCUUAGAGCUGGCACACUUCUUCACGCUUUGUGAAUCUGGUUUCUUCAUGUGGGAUACUCGUGUCAGUAUCGGGGUGCUCCAAAAGUUUGUGUACUUCAGCGUGGCCAUUGUGAGCACAAUUGGCUUUCAACUGGGCGUUUUCCACUUGUGA